AAGAGAAGGAGGAGCGAGAAGAGCACCGGAAAUGCCCCGGAGUACUUUCUAGAAUAUCUCGCCAGGCAAUCGCUAGCAUCUUCCAAGUGUUUCUUUUCUCAUCAUAGUAAGGCAAAAAAAAAAAAAAAAAACUUUCCAGCUUUAAAAGCAACGUUAACCGUUGAGCAUUAUUUCCUCGAUUAAUAAUUCCCUGCUCCCGGUGAUUUAGCGAUUCUCGCUAGCCUCCGAGCUAACGCUACCUACCUUGAGAUUGUUUCAUCAUGUCCAGAAUAGACUACAGCGUGUGGGACCACAUUGAGGUGUCGGACGACGAAGAUGACACCCACCCGAACAUCGACACGCCGAGCCUCUUCAGGUGGAGACACCAGGCCCGCGUGCAGCGAAUGGAAGAAUUCGAGCAGAAAACGCAAGACCUCAACAAAGGACUCUCGGAGUGCCGCCGCAAGGUGUCAGAAGCUCAAAAGAAAAUCCAGGAGCUGAGCCUGUCCCCGACGGACGACCGCAAGGCCGAUCUCAGCAAAGCGCAGGCGGAGGAGAAGAAGUUGAAGAAGGAGCAGCGCGACUGGGAGCGGAAGCUUGAAGAUCACUGCCGAGAAGAGAAGAAGAUGCCUUGGAACGUGGACACGCUCAGCAAGGAAGGCUUCAGCAAGAGCAUCGUCAACGUCAAACCCGAAACGGUGGAGGACUCCGAAGAGGACAAGGAGAAGAAGCACAAAACCUUUGUGGAAAAAUACGAGAAGCAGAUCAAACACUUCGGCAUGCUGCGGCGCUGGGAUGACAGCCAGAAGUACUUGUCUGACAACCCUCAUUUGGUGUGCGAGGAGACUGCCAACUACCUGGUCAUUAUGUGCAUCGACCUUGAAGUGGAGGAGAAACAUGCAUUGAUGGAGCAAGUGGCUCAUCAGACCAUCGUCAUGCAGUUCAUUAUGGAGCUGGCCAAAACCCUCAACGUGGACCCCCGGGGUUGCUUUCGUCAGUUUUUCGCCAAGAUCAAGACGUCGGAUCAGCAGUACCAAGACGCGUUCAACGACGAGCUGGAGUCUUUCAUGGAGCGUGUACGUGGCAGGGCCAAGAUCCGCAUCGAGAUUGCCACGAAGGAGUACGAAAAACAGGAGCGGGAGAAGCGCUUGGGACCAGGCGGUCUGGAUCCUGUUGACGUGUACGAGAGUUUACCACAGGCGAUGAAGAAAUGUUUUGACGACCAAAACAUUCAAAUGUUGCAAGACGUUAUUAGCAAGAUGGAUCCCACGUCGGCCAAGAUGCACAUGAAGCGCUGCAUCGACUCUGGACUUUGGGUGCCCAACUCCAACCCGGACGAAGGCGACAACAAGGAGGAAGACGCCGUCUACGAGGACGCUCAAGAAGAAGCCAAGAAGGACUGAGCGACGCGCGCAAAUGUACUAAACCUGCUACGAACCCACGGCACCCCCACACCCCCCCCCCCUUAGGUGUGCGACCAGUUUGCCGCGUGAGAGAAAAAAUGAGCUGGACGUCUGUACCGAUCGUAGCGGCAAAGGAUUGGCUGUCAUGUAACUCCAAUUUUAAAUCCGUCUUUGGGGAAAUACCCACGGCUUGUCUACUGAGGUCUUUUGCUGCGACAUAACUCUCGACACAAAUUGUUCUGUAGGCUCGAGUGUUAUUGUUUAUUUUUCCCGCAGUCAGUUAUUUUUAUUUUAUUUUUUUUAUGUCAGCUUUCAGAAACCACUGUCACCUGGUUGCAAUUUCCCACAGAUUUUCUAUAAACUUGUAAAUGUUUACCCAAAUUAUUUAGCUCCUGUUUUCUUUAUUUUUAUGUUCUGCAUCGAGCAAAUAAGUUUGUAUUUUCCAUGCCACAAACUAUUUCCCAUCGGAAAAUAAGUGAAUUAAUCAGUUUCUUUAUU